AUGGCGCUGAGCUGCUGGAACUGCGGGCGUAAGGCCAGCGAGACGUGCAGCGGCUGCAACACGGCGCGCUACUGCGGCUCCUUCUGCCAGCACAAGGACUGGGAGAAGCACCACCACGUGUGCGGCCAGACCCUCCAGGCCCAGCAGCAGCAGGGUGGGGGGGGCCCCCAGCAGCAGCAGGGUGGGGGGGGCGGGGGGGGCGAAGCCCCGGCGCCCGUCAGCUCCUGCACCCCCAGCAGCGGCACGGGGAGCCCCGCCGCCACGCCGCCCGCCGCCACGCCCCGCUCCUCCACCCCCAGCACCCCCUCCUCCUCCUCCGCCCUGGACGGAGCUACGCGCUAA